UUACUUCUUAGCUGAAACUAUAGAAGCCCAUACCAUUGGCAGUUCUUUGUGUAGUGCUGGUGGAGCUUCUUGAGAGCAUCAAUGGCUGUUUUAAUGGUGGUUAUUGGGAUGGCCUUGGUGCUCUGUUUCUGCUCUGCUUUGCUGAGGUGGAAUGAGGUGAGGUACAGGAAGAAAGGUUUGCCUCCAGGUACAAUGGGUUGGCCGGUAUUUGGGGAGACAACGGAAUUUCUAAAACAAGGACCAAACUUCAUGAAAAACCAGAGAGCAAGAUAUGGGAGUUUUUUCAAGUCCCACAUACUGGGCUGCCCUACCAUUGUAUCCAUGGAUCCAGAAAUCAACAGGUACAUCCUCAUGAAUGAGGCAAAAGGCCUUGUUCCUGGCUACCCACAGUCCAUGCUGGAUAUCUUGGGGAAAUGCAACAUUGCAGCAGUUCAUGGCUCCACCCACAAGUACAUGAGAGGUGCACUUCUUGCCCUCAUCAGCCCCACCAUGAUCAGAGACCAGCUUUUGCCAAAAAUUGAUGAAUUCAUGAGAAGCCACCUUAGCAGCUGGGAUAACCAAAUCAUCAACAUCCAAGAAAAGACCAAAGAGAUGGCUCUUCUCUCAUCCCUUAAGCAGAUUGCCGGUAUUGAAUCCAGUUCAAUAUCCCAACCAUUCAUGACUGAGUUCUUUAAGCUAGUUUUAGGGACACUUUCAUUGCCUAUUGACCUUCCUGGAACAAAUUAUCGUCGCGGCUUCCAGGCGAGGAAGAAUAUUGUAAGCAUGUUGAGGCAGCUAAUAGACGCCAGAAAAGCUUCACAGGAAACCCACCAAGAUAUGCUUGGUUGCCUCAUGAGAAGUGAUGAAAACAGAUACCAACUUACCGAUGAAGAAAUAAUAGAUCAAAUCAUUACACUUCUGUAUUCCGGUUAUGAAACUGUCUCAACUACUUCCAUGAUGGCAGUCAAGUAUCUCCAUGAUCAUCCUAGAGUUCUUCAAGAACUCAGAAAAGAACAUUUGGACAUUCGAAAAAGGAAAAGGCCGGAGGAUCCAAUUGGAUGGAAUGACAUCAAGUCGAUGAAGUUUACGCGUGCGGUCAUCUAUGAGACCUCAAGAUUAGCAACAAUUGUUAAUGGAGUUUUGAGAAAAACCACAAAAGAUAUGGAACUGAACGGGUUUGUGAUUCCAGAAGGAUGGAGAAUAUAUGUUUAUACAAGAGAAAUUAACUAUGACCCUUUUUUAUAUCCUGAUCCAUUCACCUUUAAUCCAUGGAGAUGGAUGGACAAGAGCUUGGAUUCUCAAAGCUACUUUUUUAUAUUUGGAGGGGGCAGCAGGCAGUGUCCUGGAAAAGAACUAGGAAUAGCAGAAAUUUCAACUUUCCUACACUACUUGGUAACUAGAUACAGGUGGAAAGAGAUAGGAGGAGAUAGACUAAUGAAAUUUCCAAGAGUGGAAGCACCCAAUGGACUACACAUUAGGGUCUCAUCUUACUAACUUCACAUAUGUAUGUAUAGAAGGAAGACAGUAUAUAGAAAGAUAUGAUUGUACAAUAAUGUUGUAACAGGUUAGAAAUUAAAUGAAACUGAGAGUCCCCAUUUCUUGGCUGAUUUAAAAUUAUAAAAUGUAAUUAAUAAAUGUGUUUACCCUCAACUGAAGCAA